GUCGUAAGCUUCACGCAUGUUGUUCUGCUGUGCUGCAUGCAAGUUUCACAAGUCCACACAAAGUAUGCAGGUCCAGAACUUUCAUCAUGUCACUUCUACAAAAUCUAAAGUAACAACUCACUUCUACUACUAAAACAGCGAAUCCUAUCGUUUAGCCCCCUCCCCAAGAUAAGGGAGACGAGUUCUUCGUCCCCUCCUAUCACACAUCCUGCGAUCACAUGACAUAUUAAUCUGUGUGUCAGAUGUCUUUAACCAUAUAAAGAGAACAAAGAGAAUAUGCCGACAAGCAACGCCAACUUAAAGUAAAUGUCAACCGAGUGUUUUACGCGUAUACACAGUCAAGUCGGCAAAACAAACGAGGCUGCGGAUGGUUGAAGACAAGUUCGUGUAAUCUUGCCAAGAAAAACUUUCACAAUUUGUGCGUUGAAUCUUGGAUUUUGUGUUUAAUAUUCGAAAGUUCACAUUCAUUCGUAGACGCACUUAUUUUUCACACUGUCUACACACUCACAGCAAGCGCGGAUGAGAUAGGAGCUGAGCCAAACUAAGGGCAGGUGUCUUGGUACAGUCUUCCGCAAGAAGUACGAGAAAGCGCGAAGACUGCAUGAACGAUAAGAAAUCACGGAAGCUAUAGAAGAAUCAAUACAAAGCGUGUGUGCGUCAGCGCUCAGUGAGGGGAGAAGUUUACUAAAUCAACUGGACACGGCAAGCUAACAGUACGCUUUCACUCACGGUAGCCACGAAACCGUCCUUUAUACCGCGAGACAAAUCUGCGAUCGAAUUCUAUAAGCCUAUAUCAUAUUCUUUACCAAUAAACAAAUCAGACCAAAUGACUAUGGGAGAUAAUACAACGUUUCCUCCGAAUGGAGGAAAUCCCAAUACGACAUGUCUAGCUGGAAACACAGUAAAUAUCUGCACCGGCUGCCAUCAGGCGAUAGAAGAUAGAUUCCUUAUGAAGGUUACUGAAGACCCUUGGCAUGAGAGUUGUCUGCAAUGUUGUAUAUGCCAUGCUCAACUGUCUAGGAAAUGUUUCAGUCGUGAACGAAAACUGUAUUGCAGGACUGACUAUGAGAAGUUGUUUGGUACGAAAUGCAGUCACUGUGGUGAGCCUAUUCCAUCAAACGAGUUGGUGAUGAGAACUGCUGGUCAUGUGUACCACAUUAACUGUUUCGCAUGCGUGGUCUGUGAAUGUCGUCUCGAGAAAGGACAGGAGUUUGCCCUCAAAGAUAACAAACUCUAUUGUAAAGAACAUUUUACCAAUAUGAAAAUAAUUAAACAAGAAAGAGAGGACAAUUCCGAUAGUGAAGACCCGGACAGCGACACGGACUCUGACGGAAAGAAACCCGCAAAGCGGCCACGGACAAUCCUAACGAGUCAACAGAGGAAAAUAUUUAAAUCUUCUUUCGAAGUCAGCUCGAAACCAUGUCGCAAGGUUCGGGAGGAACUGUCACGUGAAACUGGUCUGAGUGUGCGAGUUGUUCAAGUUUGGUUCCAGAAUCAACGAGCUAAGAUCAAGAAACUAGCUCGAAGAAAUAAUCCUGAAUCCGACAAUGCUGCCAGUUGCAGAGUAACAAACAGACAAAGACCUGGAAAGAAGUCAAAGGAAGAGAAAGAGAGUAACAAAAAGAACACAAACGGCUGCAACAGUCCACUAUCUAUGGGCCAACCCGUUGUUACCCUACCACUACCUCCGAUGUCCCAUUAUACUAACCUAGGUCCGGUCAUUACCCCCGGACAGUACCCUGGAGCACCAAAUCAUAUGGCCCAAAUGAUGGGGUUUCCAUUCCCACAAAAUAUGAAACCUCUCGAACCAAUACCGGAAAUGUCACCAUCAAUGGACGGGAUGCCCGUCAUGGAUGAUCAAAUGCCUGGUCAGAUACCGUUUUCCACGCCCUCUGAGAUCAAUAGUCUCUCAGCGGCAAAUUUAAUUAAUACACAGAACGGCCAAAAUCAUUUAGAACUAAUGCAUGACAUGCUAAAUUCAUUCUAGCUAGCUUGUAGAUAAUAUAGGAUUGUGUAGAAUAAGCAAAAUAUUUUAGCAAUUUUUGCACCAUUUGACAUGGCAAACCCUUUGACACACCGGGGAUGUUCGAGAAUGAUUAUUGUUCAACAUUCACAAUGGUAAAAUCAUUUUGCGAAAAAACUAUAUUUUAUUCAUAUUCCGCAUUUCUUUUUUCAUGUGGUGUAAAAAUUCCUAAAAUCUGCUUGUUGUUAUUAUAAGCGAUUCUCUAUUAGAAUCUGUGAAAUAUAUAUUAUAUGCAUAUAAUUAAUAGCUCAACCAAUCAGAUUAGUCCAUCCCCUGUUGAACAGGAUUGCUUGAGUUAAAACCUUUUAGUUGGGCCCUUUUGAGAAACCAUGUUUCCAAAUAGAUGUUAUGGGUAUCUUACGGUAUAAUAGAAGCGGGUAAACCUCAGUUGCAGGCUAUCCCCAGUCUGUCAGUUCUCUCAAUUGUUGUCGAAGAUCCACAGGAACUGAUGCAAAUUUUAUCUCAUUCAGAAAAUAUUAUAAAUGUAAUUAUUUAUUCAGAAUACUUUAAAGAUGUAAAUUUCUUACCAGUAAAAUAUGAUGUGGAAUUAUUAUUUCAAAUAUCAAGGUGGAAAAAUCAUAUUUUAUUGGAAAGAAUUGAACCAAACUGUACAAAGCAACGAGGAAAUACUUGUUUAAUAGUAGCAGAAUGUUUAAAUUUUAAAAAAAUAUAU